AUGGAUUCCUGCAAGCAGGCAUCUAGUAAGGUGUCUGAAGCGCUGUCGCUUCCUCCAAAAUGGCUGGCCCAAUACAGCGACUUUAUCACCAAGAACGCCAGCGCCGUCUCGCAGAUCGAGUCGGCCCUGCGGUCUCUGACCUACAUCAUUCCUGGUCGCUUCCGCGAGUCUGAAAUCGCAUCAGAAUCAAUCUACAGUGGCGUCCAGCUGCUGUCGCUCUAUCAUGACUCCCUCCUCGCAAAAGCUGUUGCGCGCCUGCCCCCGCAGCAGCGCCCGCGCCCGACGCCCCACAGCCGCUACACGCGUUUCUGGACCGACAAGUCGCCUACCUACAAGCGCAUCGCCUUGACCCUGCAGAUGAUCCAGUACACGGAGCUGCUAUGGGAAAUGGCAGCGAAGAGAAAAGGCGAAAAGGCGCGAUGGAGGGUGAUCGUGCUGCUCGAGGCUGUAAAGGCCUUCUGUAGGUUGUUGCUGCUGCGCCUGACCAACUCGCGCCCAUUGCUCAGCCCGCCGCUCCCGCAGCGUGAGUUCGAUCCGAGCACCUUGGAGGAGAACCAGGAUGGCUCGUCCUUCGAUGGCACCGAAACCCCCAAGACUGAAAGAAGCGAUGACGCGAGCUGGACCAUGCCGCGGACGGGCCUGUCGCUUCCAUCAUUACCCGACUCGCACGAUAUUUCGUCGUACCUGCUGUCCAAGGUUCUCACUGCCGAUGAUAUCAAACCGCCGAAGGCUCUUUUGCACAGGGUCACCGGGGUUGGCGAGCUUGCCGAAGUAUUGUACAUCUUCCGACCGGUCAUCUACGCCUUGGCGAUGCAGCACUGGUGUUCCAAGAAAGGAAACAGCUGGAGGCCGUGGCUGUUGGGUGUGAGUAUUGAGUACGGUGCCCGGCAGCUCGCAAAGAAGGACUUCCAAGAGAGGCUAGCUGGCGGGCUGCGCGGCCUUACUGGUCUGGAGCGGGAGGAGCUGCGAAAGCGGGGUUGGGGCAUGGGUUGGUGGCUUCUGAGGGGCGCUUUUUAUGAGAACGUCACGAAGGCCUGGAUCCAAUCUUUGACGAAGAAGCUUCGGGGAAAGCCGCUAAUUGACAUCGCCGGCGGUAUCAUCGAGGACUACGAGUACUUGUGGGAUCAGUACUACUUUUCCACAGCGACUCUCUAA